AUGAGCGUUGUGAUCCUUGACGGCUCGACGGUGCGGUCCUUCGUGGCGGACGAGGCCGCCUUCGCGCGCAGCGUGGACGCGCGCUUCGCCGCGCUCGACGCCAACGGCGACGGCGUGCUGUCCCGCGCCGAGCUCCGCCGCGCGCUGGAGUCCUUCCGCCUCCUCGACGGCGGGGGCUUCGGCUCCGCCGAGCCGCUCCCUCUCCCCGCCGAGGUCGCCACGCUCUACGACGCCGUCUUCGAGCAGUUCGACGCCGACCACAGCGGCGCCGUCGACCACGCCGAGUUCCGCGACGAGAUGCGCCGCAUCAUGCUGGCGGUCGCCGACGGCCUCGGCUCCCAGCCGCUCCAGGUCGCCGUCGACGACGAGGGCGGUAGCUUCCUGCUCGAGGCCGCCGAGCACGAGGCCGCCAUGAUCGCCGCCAAGGUCCAAGAAGAGAGCAGGAAGGCGGCCGAGGAAGCCAACAGCAAGUGAUGGCGCCGAUGUGUCCACGUGCCGGCCGGCGUAGUGUGCUGUGUGCAUAUGAAGAUUGAAGAAGGUAGAGACGUGGAGUGGCACGUGUAUACGGAGUACUACAUGAGAGUGGUGGCGCGCGUAUGUCCUCUGUGUACCGCAUGGAAUAAAAAUCUUUUUUUACUCCGUA